UACAAAAGUAUUUGGCUUUAAAUUGUUUGGAUGAAUAUCAUUGCCAUCUAAAGCCCUAUCGUUGAGGCCAUUGAGGGGCGGAUUCUGGUUGAGUGAGUGAUGGAAGAGUAUAGCCAUCCGUUGAUUGAAUCCUCGAAUUCUCACUCAAAUGACAAUCAAAGACGAGUAUAUAAGAGACGAUGGAUUAUAUUGACUAUUGUAUCGCUCAUUAAUAUAUGCAAUGCUGCGGUUUGGAUAUCAAUGGCUCCCGUGGCCGAUAAAGCGGCCCAUUUCUAUGAGACGGACCAAAAUAAUAUUGACUUAUUUUCGUCCAUAUUCUUUGUGUCCACAAUUGUUAUCGGAUUUAUUGCCAUUUGGAUUGUCGAUAGGAAUGGCCUAAUGCUCGGAGAUCUAUAUUAA